AUGGUAGUAGAAGUCGAAUGGUUCGCACUCUUGACGACCACAUCUGCACUGGGCAUCCCUGUCUGUAAAAAGAUCGAAAACAGGUGCUGCUGCGGUUUGUCAAGGACAUUCCACUGCGGUACGGGUAGCCAGCCCACCACAUCCCAGAGCGAAGAUGUAUGGCUGCCUGCACGGCACACGAUUGCGUCCCACACAGACGCAUAUGGAACGAUUGAGUUCCAGGGAGGACCACAUCCGAGUAAAGCACAGUACGUCCGGCUGGCUUAUGACACGAGGCCAGAAUUGAUUCUUCAGCUGUUCACCCGGGAAUGGAGCCUGGAGCUGCCCAAGUUGCUCAUCACGGUGCAAGGCGGGAAGGCCAACUUCGAACUACAACCGAAACUCAAGAAAGUCUUGAGGAAGGGCUUGUUGAAAGCCGCUAAGACUACCGGGGCCUGGAUUUUCACUGGGGGCACGAACACAGUUUCAGUUCCAGUUCUAUAUAUUUGCUGA